UUCUCGCUCAACACAGCCAGAGCUGGAGGUGGGUGCCCGGCGCGGAGGGGCCUGUGGACCAAUGGCUCUGCCCUGCACCCUAGGGCUCGGGAUGCUGCUGGCCCUGCCAGGGGCCUUGGGCUCGGGUGGCAGCGCGGAGGACAGCGUGGGCUCCAGCUCUGUCACCGUUGUCCUGCUGCUGCUGCUGCUCUUGCUGCUGGUCACCGGCCUGGCACUGGCCUGGCGCCGCCUCAGCCGUGACUCGGGGGGCUACUACCACCCGGCCCGCCUGGGUGCCGCGCUGUGGGGCCGCACCCGGCGCUUGCUCUGGGCCAGCCCCCCGGGCCGCUGGCUGCAGGCCCGAGCUGAGCUGGGGUCCCCAGACAAUGAUCUUGAGCGACAGGAGGAUGAGCAGGACGCAGACUAUGACCACGUCACGGAUGGUGGCCUGCAGGCUGACCCCGGGGAAGGCGAGCAGCUAUGUGGAGAGGCGUCCAGCCCAGAGCAGGUCCCCGUGCGGGCUGAGGAAGCCAGAGACAGUGACACGGAGGGCGACCUGGUCCUUGGCUCCCCAGGACCAGCAAGCGCAGGGGGCAGUGCUGAGGCCCUGCUGAGUGACCUGCACGCCUUUGCUGGCAGUGCAGCCUGGGACGACAGCGCCAGGGCAGCUGGGGGCCAGGGCCUCCAUGUCACCGCACUGUAGCAGCUGGCCUUGGUGUCCCAUCUCUGCCACGGCCACUCACUCCCUGUACCUCUGCUUCCCAAGAUGCCAUGGCUGGAUUGGACCCCCACCCCACAUGACCACACCUCAGACUGUCACCCCCCACCAGUUCCCAAGUCUACGUGUAACCCCC